AUGUUGGAGACAGAAAAUAAGUGGAGAAGACCGUGUUUUUUGGAUGAGCGAGAGGCAAAGCGGAACCUUGGAGUUCAACCGGCACCUGAGCUUGCCGUUGUACAGAAAUUCGCAAAAGACCGAGAAGGAAAGGACAAUUUUAGGUGGAGGUUGAGGACGAAUAGUAUGGAGACACCAACAAAAAAAACAAUUGAUGCAUUGAACCUCGCUUCUGUCCAACGCAUCGACCCGUGUGCUGUUUCGGUGAUAGACAGGGUUCGAUUUGCAGAAAAAGAGAUAUUUGGGAUUUGGAUUUGCGAUACGACUGAUUGUGAACGAAUUUAUAAGCUGCUCCAAAAUUUGGUAGCAGAGUGCGCUAAGUCACCCCCCCAAAUUAAACCCUCAUCAGAAUCUCCAAAUUUACUUGAUCUUCUGUCUCAUUCACCGGAAGGCCAAGAUAACGAAAGAAACCACGCUUCCACAAAGGCUGCUAGAAAAUGUGGUGAUGAUAUGCCAGCUAUGUUGCAUAAACUUUUGUGCGAUGAAAGACAGUUACCACGGGGGAACUUGCCAAAGGGAGCUGUUUGUGCCGAUCAGAUUGAAAAGCAAUUACUUUAUGACCAGGCGACAAAACAGAAAUCUGUUGAUUUCGUUAAAAAGCUUAAUACUGACCCGUCAAUAGUGUCUAACUUUUCUACCAUGAGCUUGGGAGCACUCUCGACAACUGCGACAAGGGGCAGCGAAGCGCCGUUCACGGGUGUUCCAGAAGAGGAGUUUAGUUCCACUGCUGCGGGAUGUUCUUCUACUGUUGAGGGUCUUAAGGGAAUCGACCCACCUGAAAGGGAUGUUACUGAGACGGAAAAAGGGUCUACAUCUCAAGCGAAAGGGAAUUCUGCGGUUGGACUUGAUAAAGAACAGUUAGUGCAAGCGUUGGAACAUUUACUGCGGACAGAUGACGAGUUUGUUGCACGACUGCAUCUGGCUUAUGUUGACAGUUUAAAUUUAAGACUUGGUAUUUAA